AUGUUUCUCUCAUUUCAUCUCCCAUUGCUUCCUCUUAUUCCAAUGUUCAUUGUGACAUUGCUCUUCAUUCUUUUCAAAGGACUUUCAUCUGCCCACAAAAACCAACCACCAUCACCCUGGAAGCUUCCAAUCAUCGGAAACCUUCACCAAAUAGCGAUAGGCUUCAACCCCCACCGCUCUCUCCUGGCCUUAACCCAAAAACAAGGUCCACUUGUGCUAAUUCAACUUGGCAGUGUACCCGUGCUUGUAGCCAACUCUGCUGAAGCAGCCCGAGAAAUCUUGAAAACACAUGAUCUGAUAUUCUGCAGCAGACCCAAAUUAAGUAUCGUAGACAAACUUACUUAUGGAUCUAAGGACAUAGCAUUUUCUCCAUAUGGAGAGUAUUGGAGGCAGCUAAGGAGCAUCGCAGUGCUCAAGCUUCUAAGUACUAGACGAGUUCAGUCAUUUCAAGGAGUAAGAGAAGAGGAGACCCGUGUUAUGAUCGACAUGAUUGGAGGAAGUUGUGGUUCAUUAGUUGAUAUGGGUAAGUUGGUAAGUUCACUUACGAACAAUAUAAUUUGCAGGGUGACCUUAGGGAGGACAUAUGGGAUAGAGUUCAGGCACUUGUUGGCAAGAUUUUCAUACCUUCUUGGUGUUUUUGCUGUUGGGAAUUAUAUUCCAUGGCUGUCAUGGGUGGAUCGAUUGAGUGGUUUAGAGGGAACAACAAAACAAGUUGCUGAAGAAUUUGACGAGUUUCUUGAGGGUAUUCUUGAAGAACACAUAAAUAAGAAAAGAGUGGUGGAUGGAAUUGAUGAAGGCGGCCAAGAUUUUAUGGACAUCUUACUGGAUACCCAAAGUGAGAACACAACCAGCUUUACACUUGGCAGAGAUGUCAUUAAAGCUGCCAUCUUGGACAUAUUUGGUGCUGGAACUGUUACUACAUCCACAAUCUUAGUGUGGGCAAUCAGCGAGCUAAUAAGACACCCUAGAGUAAUGAAAAAGUUGCAGCACGAGGUUGGAGAAAUUGCGCAAGGAAAAUCCAUGAUUCAUGAGGAGGAUUUGGAGAAAAUGCACUACUUACAAGCUGUCCUCAAAGAGACGUUGCGGUUGCAUACUCCACUCCCACUACUCAUUUCUAGAGAAUCAAUACAAGACGUCAAAGUGAUGGGGUACGACAUUGCCGCAGGUACACAGGUGAUCAUUAAUGCUUGGGCGAUAGCAAGAGAUCCUUCAAUAUGGGAGGAAGCAGAUAAGUUCAAGCCAGAGAGGUUUAUGAACAGUCCUAUUGACUAUAAAGGGUUUCACUUUGAGUUUCUUCCGUUUGGUGGUGGACGGAGAGGGUGUCCUGCUAUUCACUUUGCUAUUGGUGUUAAUGAGCUCGCUUUAGCAAAUUUGGUGUACAAAUAUGACCUGAAACUGCCAGAUGAGGCGAGAGGGGAAGAACUGGAUAUGAGUGAGGUCACUGGCCUUACACUCCAUAGGAAGUCCCCUUUGCUGGUUGUGGCCACUCCUCGCUUCUAG